AUGGCAACAGCGAACCCUACAAUCGCGUCACAGUUUAACAGCGCUUCCGGGUAUACGUGGAUAGGUGGCGCAUAUCUCUUGGCAAAUGCAGCAUCGGCGUGUAUUUGGGCCAAACUUUCUGAUAUUUGGGGCCGGACUCCCCUUUUACUUUUCGCUAUUGGCCUUUUCUUUCUUACGUCGAUUUUAUGUGCGACGGCGACGAUGAUGAGUAUUCUCAUUGUUGGUCGCGCUUUACAAGGCGUGGCAGGUGGCGGCUUGCUCCAAAUUGUUACAAUCAUCAUCUCUAAUAUGUUCAGUGUCAGACAACGAAGUCUAUAUCUUGGUCUGAUGGAGCUCAUGUGGGCUUUUGCCGCCGGGAUUGGGCCUUUGCUCGGUGGAGCCUUCUCCCAGUAUGUCAACUGGAGAUGGGUAUUCUGGAUCAAUUUACCAGUCGCCAGUAUUGCAUUUGUUCUGAUCUUCCUUUCCUUGGAUGUACACAACCCCGAGACCGGGAUCGUGGAUGGCGUCCGAGCAAUCGACUGGUUCGGCAGUCUCUCCUUUCUUGGCCUGACUCUUAUGCUUCUGCUAGGGCUAAAUCUUGGUGGUGUGACAUUUCCCUGGAAAUCACCGCAGGUCAUUUGUCUGAUUGUAUUUGGAGUUAUAUGCUUGUUGCUAUUCAUUUACAGUGAGAAGCGGCUCGCAGCAGACCCCCUGAUGCCUCUGUAUAUCUUCACUCGAGUCUCAAGCGCUGCUACGUUGUUAGUGACAUUCGCGCAUGGUUUUGUCUUCAUUGCCGGAGAGUACUACAUGCCUCUUUACUUACAAUCUGUUCAUGGAUCGUCGGCCAUGGGUUCGGGCAUUCUUGUCCUUCCACUGGUCAUUAUGGAAGCCGUGUCUGGCGUUCUCACAGGCGUCAUCAUCCACCGCACAGGCCGGUAUCUAGAUCUUAUCUGGAUUGGCCUAGCCUUCAUGACGGUCGGAAAUGGGCUCUACAUUAAUCUUUCGGUGAACUCGCAUAUAGGCGAGAUCAUUGGAUAUCAGAUUCUCAGUGGACUGGGUAUCGGGUUUUUAUUCCAGACUCCGAUCAUUGCUAUUCAGGCUACGGUAUCCCAAGAAGAUACUGCUACAGUUACAGCAACGCUCGGCUUUGUACGUAACAUGGCAAAUGCUUUCUCUGUUAUAAUUGGCGGUGUUGUUUUCCAGAAUAGCAUGGCAAAAAGACAAGAUAGUUUAUUGGCUUCCGGGAUGUCUCCAAGCAUGGCCGCUCAUAUGUCCGGCGGCUCCGCUUCUGCGAACAUUGAGUCUAUCGGAGCUAUUACCGACAUAGCGCAGCUACUUGCGGUUAGAGAGGCUUUUGCAUGGAUCUUAAAGAACAUGUGGAUUUUGUAUACAUCCAUGUCUGCUCUCGGUAUCCUCUUCUCGGCCUUCAUCCUGAGGUUGAAGUUGAACAAGGAGCAUGUGGAAACUAAGACAGGCUUGAAAGUUGAAGCAACCCCUGCUGUGGAGAACGUACCUUGUGUGUAG